AUUUCUCUUUCUCUUCCUUUUCCCCUUUUUCUAUCACUUUCUCUCCUUGGUUACUCUCUGUGGCAGAAGCGAUAGCUUCCCCAGCUUAGUUAGAGACAAAUGAAAGAAACGCAUCUCUUUUUCACACUAAUACUUCUUUUAGUUCCUUACACCCUUUGUUUCCACGCUCAUGCUGCCCCUGCUGGGCCAUUGAUAAAGCACUUGUCGUCUUUACUUAAAUGGACCAGGUCUUCCACCAAAACCCCUCAAUCAGAUGGCAAUGUUCUUCAAUUUGAGAAUGGUUACUUAGUUGAGACUGUGGUUGAAGGCAAUGAGAUAGGAGUUGUUCCUUACAAAAUUCGCGUUUCCGAGGAUGGUGAAUUAUUUGCUGUUGAUGAAGUUAAUAGUAACAUCGUUAAGAUUACUCCACCAUUGUCCCAAUAUAGUCGGGGAAGAUUGGUUGCUGGGUCAUUUCAGGGUUACACUGGGCAUGUGGAUGGAAAGCCAAGUGAUGCUCGUUUCAAUCAUCCCAAAGGUGUAACCAUGGAUGAUAAAGGGAAUGUAUAUGUUGCUGAUACCAUGAAUCUUGCUGUCAGGAAGAUAGGAGAUGCAGGUGUCACCACUAUUGCUGGAGGGAAAUCAAAUGUUGCAGGAUAUAGGGAUGGGCCCAGUGAGGAUGCAAAGUUCUCAAAUGAUUUUGAUGUGGUAUAUGUUCGACCCACCUGUUCGUUGUUAGUAAUUGAUAGAGGAAAUGCUGCUCUUCGACAAAUCUCCCUAAAUCAAGACGAUUGUGAUUAUCAGUAUAAUUCAGUUUCUCCCACAGAUAUCCUGAUGGUUCUUGGUGCAGUCUUGGCUGGAUAUGCUACAUGCUUGCUUCAGCAGGGAUUUGGACCUUCUUUCUUCCCAAGAAUGCAACCGUCAGAGAGUGAAUACAAAGAACAAGCAAGCAAGGAGAAGUCCACUCCUCUUGUAGAAAGCAUGAAAGAGGAACCUGGAUGGCCAUCUUUUGGCCAACUUAUCAAGGAUCUGUUCAAGCUUGCACUUGAAGCAAUGGCCAGCAUGUUCUUAUAUUUUGUCCCCUCCCGUUUCCGAUCAAAUGGCUCCAAGAAAUGUCUUACACCAAUGAAGGAUUCCCUUAGGAUGCCUGAAGAUGAAGCCCCGCCUCCAUUAGUUCAAAGGCAGACCACUCCAGCUCCCAUUUCUGAGACAGGGCAGACACAUACAACUAAUACAAGUGAUAAUUAUUCAGAAAUGAAGCCUCCAAAGAUAAAAUCAAGCAGCUUUAGGGAUCCUUUGUCUAGUAAGCAUCGUUCCUCCAAACGACCAGAAUAUGCAGAAUUCUAUGGGCCAGGUGAGGUUCCUCCUUACAGCAGGUCUAAAACUCAGAAGGAAAGAACAAGACAUCGUCAACGCGAUAAAACAGGAGAGGUGGUUUUUGGAACUGGUGGGGCAGAUCAAAAAUCUGUUGAGUCCAAGCCAGUGGAUUAUGACAACUCAAAGUUUGACCAUUACAAUAUGAGGAGCAAGUAUGGAUCCAGUGAUUCAUUCCGUUUCUGAAGUAAUUGCAGCUACUGAUUUUAGGCUCGUCCAGUUACUGAUUUUCACCCUACUUUCUAUGUCUACAUUCUCCAUCCUGAAUAUGUAUCACCAUAUUUCUCUUUAAGCCUAGUCUAUAAUUGAAUUCUGUAUUGGCAGGAAUUUGUACCUUUGAGAUCUACGCAGAUCUACGCAGAUGAGAAUUGCAACUUAGUACCAGUUGUUUCUUGGCCGGCUGCUGUAACACAUGUAAGGUUCUAUAUUACCUGCAUAUAACCGAUUAGUAUGAAAUCUUGUGUCGAGCUGCUAUCCCUUUUGGAAGGAAACUGAUCUGUUGUUAAAAACAUAGUGGUUAAGAAACUCAUCAUGCAGAGAAUUAGACUUUGUGUAAACUUAAAUCUUGUCAAUGCAGAAGACUCUGUAGAACCAAAAUGUCAAUGUAGUUGCCAAGAAGCAGUUUAUUCUUAAAGUGCAUUUCCAAUAAUUUUAAGGCAAGCAGAA